GUGGGAGAACCUGAGGCAGAAGCUGGUUCUUGGCUAAGGCAUGCCAGCUGAACACCCUUCUUGGGGUAGAAGGCAGAGGAAGGGGGUGGUUGGUCCCUCAGGGAGCCCAGCCGGCCUGAGUCACCAGGCCUGCAACAGUAUGGGCACCAUGGGCAGUGGCAGCCUGGCCUGUGGCACAGAGCAGGGGAAAGGUGCUGGUCCGGGUCCACACUGGGCCUGGCAGCGGGCAUGUGAUGCCCCGGGCCCUCCCCUCCCCCGUUCCCUGGCUGCCUGCCCAGGCCUGCACCUCCCAGACCCUAUAAGGCCUGGGAACCAGAGCCAAGGUAGCCGCCAGCAGCUGCCACAGCUCCGAGGGACCCUGUGCAGUCCAGGCGGGCCAGCCUCAUCAACCGUGACACCGGCCUGAAGGAACGCCUAGGAACCCCCAUUCCGGCAUCUUCUGUCCCUUCUAGCCUCCCAGGCUGCCAUUAUGUCUGCUUCAGGAGAUGGGACUGUGGGUCACGCCAGAUCCAAAGGCAAGACUCUGAGCAACUUCUUUGGGUCGCUGCCUGGCUUCGGGUCUGCCCGGAGUCUGCUGUCCCGUGGUCACAGCCCAGUGAAGGAGCCUGUCCCAGAGGCCACCUGUCCCCCAAGUCCAGCGGCCAUUGACGCAGAGCUGAUGGCAGGGGGCACAGUGGGGCUGGCACAACCCUCUGAAAAGAUGCUGUCUGGGGCAGCAGACCUGGGAAGCUUCAAUGUGACUACCACCAAAGACACCAUCUCCUCUGGGGUGGCCAGUGUGGUGGAUGCUGCGAAAGGCAUGGUCCAGGGUGGUCUGGGUGUCACACAAUCAGCCCUGGUGGGCACCAAGGACGUGGUGGCCGGGGGAGUCAUGGGCGCAGUAGGCAUGGCCAAGGGGCUGGUCCAGGAUAGUCUGGAUACCACAAAGACCAUGCUGACCGGAACCAAGGACACGGUGACCACAGGCCUCUCAGGGGCUGUGAGCGUGGCGAAAGGCAUGGUCCAGGGUGGUCUGGGUGUCACACAAUCAGCCCUGGUGGGCACCAAGGACGUGGUGGCCGGGGGAGUCAUGGGCGCAGUAGGCAUGGCCAAGGGGCUGGUCCAGGAUAGUCUGGAUACCACAAAGACCAUGCUGACCGGAACCAAGGACACGGUGACCACAGGCCUCUCAGGGGCUGUGAGCGUGGCCAAAAGUGCAGCACAGACUGGUUUGGACACAAGCAAGGCUGUGCUGACUGGCACCAAGGACACCGUGUCCACUGGCCUCUCGGGGGCCGUGAACAUGGCCAAGGGCACAGUGCAGACCGGUCUGGACACAAGUAAAGCGAUGCUGACCGGAACCAAGGACACGGUGACCACAGGCCUCUCAGGGGCUGUGAGCGUGGCCAAAAGUGCAGCACAGACUGGUUUGGACACAAGCAAGGCUGUGCUGACUGGCACCAAGGACACCGUGUCCACUGGCCUCUCGGGGGCCGUGAACAUGGCCAAGGGCACAGUGCAGACCGGUCUGGACACAAGUAAAGCGAUGCUGACCGGAACCAAGGACACGGUGACCACAGGCCUCUCAGGGGCUGUGAGCGUGGCCAAAAGUGCAGCACAGACUGGUCUGGACACAAGCAAGGCUGUGCUGACUGGCACCAAGGACACAGUGUCCACUGGCCUCUCGGGGGCCGUGAACGUGGCCAAGGGCACAGUGCAGACCGGUCUGGACACAAGUAAAGCGAUGCUGACCGGAACCAAGGACACGGUGACCACAGGACUCACAGGGGCCGUGAACGUGGCCAAGGGCGCAGCGCAGACAGGAGUGGACACCACAAAGACCGUUCUAAUGGGCACCAAAGACACGGUGACCACUGGCCUCUCAGGGGCUGUGAAUGUGGCCAAGGGCACGGUUCAGGGUGGUCUGAACACCACAAAGAUGGUGCUGACCGGUACUAAAGACACAGUAUCUACUGGGCUGACAGGAGCUGUGAACGUGGCCAAGGACACGAUGCAGAUGGGUCUGCACACAAGCAAGGCCGUUCUGACCGGAACCAAGGACACGGUGACCACAGGCCUCUCAGGGGCUGUGAGCGUGGCCAAAAGUGCAGCACAGACUGGUCUGGACACAAGCAAGGCUGUGCUGACUGGCACCAAGGACACAGUGUCCACUGGCCUCUCGGGGGCCGUGAACGUGGCCAAGGGCACAGUGCAGACCGGUCUGGACACAAGUAAAGCGAUGCUGACUGGAACCAAGGACACGGUGACCACAGGACUCACAGGGGCCAUGAACGUGGCCAAGGGCGCAGCGCAGACAGGAGUGGACACCACAAAGACCGUUCUAAUGGGCACCAAAGACACGGUGACCACUGGGCUCAUGAGGGCCAUGAACGUGGCGAAAGUGGCUGCCCAGGGGGACCUGGAUACUUCUAAAGCCAUCCUCACGGGCACCAAGAACACUGCAUCCACUGGGCUAAUGGGGGCCAUGAACGUGGCCAAGAACACAGUGCAGACAGGUCUGAACACAAGCAAGACUACACUGAUGGGAACCAAGGACACAGUGACCACAGGACUCACAGGGGCUGUAAAUGUGGCCAAAGGUGCUGUCCAGACAGGAAUGGACACCACAAAGACCACGCUAACUGGCACAAAGGACACAGUAACCACUGGCCUCUCAGGGGCCAUAAAUAUGGUCAAGGGGACAGUACAGGCGAGUCUGGAUACCUCAAAGACCAUGCUGACCAGCACCAGGGAUGCAGUCUGUGGUGGGGUGACUGAUGCCACAAACAUGGCUAAGGGCACCAUCCAGGGGGGUUUGGACACCACCCAGUCUGUGGUGAUGGGUAUGAAAGACAGCAUGUCCACUGGGCUCACGGGGGCUGUGAACACUGCCAGGGGCAUGUUGCAGACUGGGCUGAGCACAACCCAGAACACAGCCACGGGUACCAAGGGUGCAGUCCACAGCGAGGUAUCCAGUGCUGAGACCAUGACCGAGGGCACAGCACAAACAGGUCUGGACACCACAAAGAACCUACUGACAGGCACCAAGGACACAGUCCGUGGUGGAGUACCUGGUGCUGUGGAUGUGUCCAAAGGCCACACCACUGAAGACACGGAGUCCACGGUGCUGGCUGGGAUAGGGAACGUGGCCGCAAACCCAGUCUACAUUGGUCUCGGCACAGUUCCAAGUUGGCUCCCUGGCUCCUGGGCCACCCCGAGUCCCCAAGAAGCCCUUUCCUCUGUGGUCACUAGCCUCCCAGGCACACAUACUGCAGGCCUAGGGCUCACCACAGAAGCCAUAGCCACUGCUGAAGGCCUUGUGUCUGAUAUGGGCAGUUCUGUCCACAAGGCUGCUGGAACUGGUGAGGAGGGGAGCCAGGUAGCCACCGUGGGCCUCACUACACUUCGCCAUGAACUGGAGGGACUCGGGGACAUCUUCCAGCCCAUGACGACUGAGGAGCAAGCCCAGCUGGUGGCGUCAGGGUCAGGGCCCCGGGUCCUGUCGGCUGACCAAGGCAGUUACUUCAUCCGCCUGGGCGACCUAACCCCUGGCUUCCGUCAGCGUGCUUUUGAACAUGCUCUAAGCCACAUGCAAAACAACCAAUUCCAGGCCAGGGAGGCGCUGGCCCAGCUCCAGGAGGCCUUCUGGGAGAUGGACAAGGCCACGGAGAAACUGGGUGGACAGCAGCAUCUGGACCACAGCUCGAGUAUUACAGAGGGGGCUGCUGGUAUCCACGAGGCGCAAGACACCACAGCCCUGGCCAGGGCACGCACCCUCCUCUGCCAGCUGCACACAGCCUACAGUGGCCUGGCGUCUGGCCUGCAAGGCCUGCCGAACCUGCAACAGCCCGUGGGGUGUGCAAGGCACAGUGUUUGUGAGCUCUACGGCCUCAUGGUGUCAGGCAUCAGGGAUCUGCCAGUGGAGCGACUGGCCCAGAGCCAUGAGGGUAUUGUGCAGGCAUGGCAGGAGCUGGAGGCACAGCUGGAUGCCCUGCAGCAGAGCCCCCCGCUGGGAUGGUUGGUGGGGCCCUUUGCAGUGCCCCCUGGUGGCCAGCAGCUGUAGGAUCCUGCGGGCCCAGGUGGUACCUCCCUGCACUGUCACACGCUGCCCCAGGACUUCGCUAUGACCAAGGCCAGGUUCACAUCCCCAAAGCCUUGGGGCUGAGCUGAGAGGCCUCAGGAAGUGAGUAUGAAUCUAGCCACAGCUUCUGCUCUCCCAAGGAGCUGCUGGACACACAUCAACCAUUCAUGUCCACCAAUGGGGGGGGGCACUGGGAACCGCUCAUACUUGGGGUAACUCUCAGGGCCCACAGCCUCUGCUUACAGGUCUCUCAAGUCAACAUGGAGGUGGUUUGGGUCCCUGGCCAUAGAAUGUGUUAGAAUGUCAUUGCCAGCAAGGUAAACACAGAAGGCCCCCCAAGGCCACAUAGUCACCCCUGUUGAUAUGGGUCUGACUUAAGUGCUCUGCAUGGGAGACAAGCAACUUUCUGCCUCCAAACACUCACAGUAUCCGCACACAGUGCAACAAGGGCUGAGGGUCUUUGCAGGAAGAGUGUGUGGGGACGAGGCUGACUCAAUGAGCCCCAUGCUGGUGGCGGCUGCCACGCCUAUUUGCCAGCCAUUCCUCCUCAGUUGCAGCCCCAUGCAUCCUCAGGACAGUCCUGGUGUGCACAGGAGGACAGCGGCCUGCCCAGUGUUGGAGGCUACAGUGACUGCAGACAGCAGCAGGUGAUGGCUCCGCUCCUCUGCCUCAUGCAUGGAGACGCCAGGUCCAGGACCCUUGUUGCCAGCAUUACUUGGCCAGACCGCUGUCCUUCCCCAAGCCCCACACCCCCCUUCACCUCUGCCUUUUCACCCUGCUGGAAAACCAGGUCCUCGGCCCCAAGAGAUGCAGGAUGUGCUAGCAGGUGCCUUGGGGGACGCCAUGAUGGGACGGAUGGUGGGACUGUCCUGAGCCCUCCCAGAACAGCACGAGGGUCACAUGAUACAGCCAGUAUCAAAUCUGCCCAGGGUCUGCAGCUGAGCCUCCCCACAGCUGACGCCCUGCCCACCCAUGCACCACCCAUCUGGUUCUUGGUGGCCACAUCCGUCCUUGUCCCUAGACCCUUUCAGAUGAACAGAGGUCCAAGGCAGGAACCAGUUGCUUGGGCCACACAGCAACAGACUGACAGGACAGGAUGGCUGUGGGCCUCAGGCCCACAGAUGCUGUGUCCUACCCAGGGUCCCAGUGCUGCCCACAGCCUGGGUCACAGGGCCAGGAGUAGUGGCCUGCGGGUGGCCUAUGUCCACGCUGACCAACAUAUCUCAUUCACGAUGGGAGCCAAGUCCAGAGGCCACUUCCACCCCUACA